CACACAUCACUAACACCCCACCACCGCUCUCUCAAUAAAUCACCGCUCUCACUAAAUCACAUCUCUCGACGGAUCUUAACGUAUCUUCAAGGUUUGGAAUUUGUUUUGAUUUGGUGGUUCUUGAAGUCAAGACGAUGGAUGGCUUUCAGUUAGGGUUUCAUUAAUCAAGUUGUUGGAUCUCCCUGGUAUCAUUGAGGGUGCAAACGAUGGUAAGGGUAGAGGAAGACAGGUUGAACAAGGAACCCCCUAACCUGACAUUUAGAAAAAAAGAAAAGGGUGGCAUAAACUUCACAUCUAUAGUACCCAAUACACAUCUGGACCUCGACACUGUGAAAGCAAUCUGUAGUGAAUACAAAAUACACAAUGCUGAUCUUACCCUGAGGUAUGAUGCAACUGCUGAUGAUCUCAUUGACGUCAUUGAAGGGAGUCGGGUGUAUAUGCCCUGCAUAUAUGCUGUCAACAAGAUAGAUCAGAUAACACUUGAAGAGCUAGAAAUUCUAGAUAGACUUCCUCACUACUGUCCUGUCGGGAUCUUUGGCCUAUUAUCAAGCUCUCUCUGUCAUCUGGUGUUAUGGCCUGUCUUGAACUCUGGUACAACACGGUACUAGUUCUUCUAACUGGAAACCUGGAAAAUGCUGAGGUUGCUAUUGAUGCUCUUUCUAUCUG